AUGAUACAAUAUUCUCUUCGGCUGAAAUGCGCUUUGUUCGCCCAACUCCUCUUUCAAAAUGGGGAAAUUUGCCUUCUGUCGCUGUCCGACUGGACUGGCUGGCUAUCCGACACCGAACCCAGCUUCUGGGUCGAAGAGAGGGCCAUCAGUGCCCCACGGACUGUGCCUUUGCCCGUCCCGGAGCCCGUGUCUGUCGCUGUGCAAAAUGUCCGCAGAGAAUAUUGGCAAGCCACUUUCUUCAGUGCUUGUCUCUCCCUUCCGAUGCGAAAUGGGGUCUCCCUGGGUGCCCGCGUUUCAUCGCGCCUGCGUGCUGUCUUCGCAAAGCGGCAGGAAAUGCCUUUUUCGGCAUUUGCUGUACUGUCCGUUUUCGCUGCUGGGCUCCGUUACAAUAACAUCACCAGCGGUUCAGCCAACAAUCUUUCUUGGGUUGCGUUUUAUCGUGGCCGCGUGCUGUCGCACCCAAGCGGCAGUAUGCGCCUUUUUCGGCAUUCAACAUCAGUUGUCUGCCGUCCGUUGGUCACCAGCAACACCACCAGCUCUUCAGCCAAGAAUUUUGUGCUCUAG